AUGGAGAAAUUAUUGAUAUUCGUCUUUUCAUUUAGUCUCUCUUUGUUUGGGGUAACUAGUCGUUCUGAAACAACGUUUAAUGUCCUUCAUUAUGGUGCAGUUGGUAAUGGUCGAACUGAUGACACCCAUGCUUUAGAGAUAUCAUCCGCUAACAAUGUUAUUCUAAGUGGUCUUACCUUUAAGGAUGUUCCUCAUAUGCAUGUCAUCUUAAAGUCCUUAACAUCAGUUUAUGUCUCGAAUAUAACAAUCGAUAGUCCAGGAGAUAGUCCAAACACCGAUGGCAUCCACAUUGCGGGGUCUACUAAUGUUUUCAUCGAUCAUUGCCGUAUUGGGACAGGCGAUGAUUGCAUUUCUAUAGUAACUGGAACAUCAUAUGUGAAGAUUAGCAACAUCGUAUGUGGACCUGGGCAUGGCAUAAGCAUUGGAAGUUUAGGCAAAUAUGGAAGCCAUGACACAGUCGAAAAUGUCGAAGUUAGUAAUGUUGUAUUCAUACGAACCACGAAUGGUGCUAGAAUAAAGACAUGGCAGGGAGGCAGUGGUUUUGCUAGAAACAUGAUUUUCGAGAAAAUCUUGAGUCACGAAUCAAGCAGAAUCAUUGAUAUUGACCAAUUCUACUGUGAUCACAUGCAUUGUGUAACACAGGAAUCAGCACUAAAAGUUAGCAACAUCACCUUUAGACAAAUACUUGGAACCUCGUCAACGCAAACUGCAGUAAAUUUAGCAUGCAGUUCGUCUGUUCCAUGUACGGAUAUAGUUCUAGACGACAUUUACAUUCUACAGAACGACAAACAAAGAGCUUCAGUUGCUUGCAACAAUGCUUAUGGAAGCGUGCAAGGAAUGAAGGUUCCUGAUGUAUCUUGCCUAAAUCAAAUGUAG